GGCAACGGGGCAGCAUGUUUUGAGAUCGGUACUGGGGCACUUUUGGUAAAGUAAGGGUAAAUUUAAACGCUUAUAAUGGCUUCCAAACAAUCGAAGAAAAAUCCUUCUUCCAACAGGACAAAUUCAGCAACUCCAAGAGAAGCAGCGUCGGUAGCAGCGAGUUCAGGUGGUGGAGACAAACGCCCCAGGCUGGUAAUCUGGCCUGAGUGGAACGAUGCAGAUGUCAAUGCUGAGAAAUGGGAUGUGGCCCAUAAAGGCAAAGGCAAAGAGGACAAAGGAAAGUCCCCAGUGGUGCAACAUUUCUUUGAGGAUCCAGAUGGCAAAGUGGAACUACCACAGUCCCUUCGUGUGGAUCACUGGAAACGACCCCAAGAUUUUAUAACAGAUGGGGUGAACCCUGUAGUUGUGGACUCCGAAGGAUGCACAUGUUUUGACCUCAUCAGCAGAAAUGAACAUAUACACAACAGUGAGUUGAUGAGAUGCAUUAUCAGUCAGAUUCAGGCGGUAUGGGAGUUGGCAUCUGUGAAGAAUCCCACAUCAGACUCGCCAUUAUCGCCCUCAGACGAAAGUGCCUUUACCUGGAAGCCCUGGGAACAUAUCUACUCUCUGUGUAAAGUGGGCAAGGGACCUCAUCUUCCUCUUUACAACGCCCAUGGCAAAUACAUAGUCAAACUCUACUGGAUGGGAUGUUGGCGUAAGAUCAUCAUAGAUGACAGUAUGCCUUUCGAUGAUGAGGGACAACUCCUUCUGCCUUCCUCUUCUGUACAAACUGAACUCUGGCCAAUGCUGUUAACCAAAGCCCUGCUUAAAGUCGCCUCCUUAGAUUACAAUGGAGGCAGUAGCAGCUCGGAGUUUGGAGACUGCAGUAUAAUUCAUUGUCUGACAGGAUGGCUGCCAGAGACUAUUCCUCUUCACCAAGGCCACAUCCAGGAGGUAUAGUUACUGAGGAGUGCUGUACCGGAGUGGAAACUGCCACUCCAAGAGUGGGAGAAAAAUGUAGAUCUUAGUCCAGACCCUUCCAGGAAAGAGGGCUCAGUGUUAUCUGAUACUGCUUUGAAAGAGGAGAAGGGAGAUAAAGAUUCCAUCACAAAUGAGAAAAAGGCUGAUACUGACACAAAGAAGGAUGGCAAGGAAAAGGGGGCCAAGGAUGCCAAAGAGAAAGACGGUGACAAGAAAGAUAAGAAAGAUAAGGACAAAGAUAAAGGACAAAGACAAAAGCAGUAAGGUGUAUCAGAAGAGUCACCAAUACCUGAGAAUCCAGAAGUGGUGGUAUUUGCCAGCUACUGGAGUACUCCAAAGCACCCUGCCAAAGUUUCGGUUCUUGGAGAAGUGGCUGAUGCAGGUGAGAGGCUAAGACAACAUGGUUUGUCACACCUGUACCCCCACCCUGUAUGGAUCACACAGACGCGGUCAUGUCCCCUCACACCCCCUCCCCCACCCGAGUAUGUACCUGCUUGGAAGCUCAUCAGGCCACGUGUCAAGAAAACCACACCAUCCGAUGAGCCUAAAGCUCCCCCAGAGCCACCAAAGCCAAUCCAGUGCCUAGAGCUGACCUCUCCAUUUGUUAACUACAAAGUCAGUCCUGUGCCCAUUCCUUCUGACACAUAUCGUCCCAAGUCUGCCUUAGAGCGCGGAGGUACCAGGUCCCGUGCCUCCACCAGUGCCAGCAUGUGUAUACUGGAGACUGAUGAAAACGCUCCAGAAGUACUGGUGACGGGAAAUGCGCAGAAAAUCAAAUCAGAUAGUAGUACAGAGUUGACAAGUAAAUCCAUUACCCCUCAGAAACCUGGAACUCCUGUUGGGAAGAAGAAGCCUGGGUCUGGUUCCAAGAUAAGUCAGCCUGAGAAUGAACGGAAGACUAGCAGAGUUAGCAGUCAAACUCUCCCCAAGGACAGGAUCAGAAGUGCUGCUGGUAUAAAAGAGCCCAAGUCACCCAAGCUGGAUGAGAAGGAUCAGCUGAGAGGUACAGAGGGAAGCUCUCUAUCCAAACUAACCACAUCAGCUGCCCUAGGCUCCCCAUCCGAUGCUCUCAUGACAGGAGACCUAAGCACAGACCUGGGGGAGGAGCUUCCAGUUGAUACAGACAGGUCAGAGACGAACUGUGGGGAGAUGAAGCCCAAGAAGUUUUGGAUGGAUUACGAUGUCUUUUUCAAAUGCUUCAGAAGCCUGUAUGUUUUCCACAAACCAAACACCUAUCUGUGUAAUCAUAAACACUCUGAUUUAAAGUGUGUUGCACCCACCCAAGUUGCCACAGGGAAAGACAAAAAGGGCACACCUGGUGUCCAAGGGGUAAAUCCUUCCUCCUCAAAGACUUCUCAAACCCCCACCCAUACCCACAGUGCACCCUCCCCCUCCAUUCCCCAGAGUGGCUCUGGAGAUGACAAAGCACAUCAUUAUUUAUUUGUCGAUAACCUCAACCCGACCGAGAUCGUGGUUUCUUCCUCGGCGUUGUGCCGCUGGCUUGAACCUCCACUCCUGCCCGUGACUGUGGAAGAGAAGAAGUCACACUCCAGUCUGAAGGGCAAGGAUAGAGAUACAGAGAAGGAGAUGUCAGCAGGCACCAGCAGUAGUCUGCUCGAAGGUUCUCCUGGGAAGGAGCUUACCCCCCAACCCAUAACCCCUGGCACCCUGGUGGCUGAGCCGUAUUCCUGGAAGAGCUUGGUGACAGGUCAGCCUGUGUUGAGGUUACGUACCACAGGGACACGCUCAGCUGUCCUAACUCUGCCUGCUGGCCGCCAUGUGUUACGCUUCAUGAUGUCAGCACCACUAGGGUAUCAUGUUCACCUGUGUUCUACAGUCAGCUUCGUGUUUGGUGAAGAGGAAACAGUCAUGUCACACCUGAAGAAUGAGAGUUGUAGGUUUGUAGAGAAUGCUAACCAAGUGAUCAGCUGUCUGGGCAAGUGCAUCAACAAUUUUCAUGAUUCAGAGCUGUUUAAAACAGCCUUUGAUGAGCUGGUCACUGCUCAUUGUCCCUACAGGAAUGUAAGACUGGCAUCUAAGCAACACCACUUCAAGGUGUUUAAUGAGUCCCUGUACCAGAUGUUGAAAAAGGCGUUAGCUGAUGGUAUCAGUCCUGACAUGGCCUUGGCAUGGAGAGCGUUUAAUUUUGAUGUCACCACAAAGUGGAUUCUCGGCAACUUGCACAGCAGCAGACCAACAACCGGUAAUACAAGUCACAGAGGAUCUGCAAAAACUACCAGUAAAAAGCAGGCAUCAUUAGAGGAUCCUGAAAAGGUGGAAAAUCCAUGGAUUGCCAAAUACAUGGAGCCAUCUGUUGAUGAGCACAUAGCUGCUGUGAGGAUUCAGAAAGUCUGGCGUGGUUACUGGGUUAGGAAGGUCAAGUCUGCUAGAACACCUGGUACAGAUGAGCACAGUAAAGUUUUGGAACAACUUCAGAAAGCGUGGACUGUCAUUGAGUCUAAUGCUGAGACACAUGGCCUUUUCUUAUUCAGGCAUUUGUUCAAGGCUGAUCCCGAGCUGAUGCCAUAUUAUCCGUUCUACAAGGAUGAGUGGAAUAAGAUUUGUUACGAGGACUACCAGGGAAGCUACCCAGACCAGCCUUCUCAUACCUGGUUUGUGGUCUUCAGGGAGAUAUUCUAUGUACAGGAGGAGAUGCUGGUUGUCCCUAAAGUGUAUGUCCCUAUAAACACCUGUAUGUUGAGGGUGAUCAACAAUGACACAGGGGAGGAAAUCCCACGAGUCUUCCACAAGGUGGCGCCACAUGUCUUCAAGAGAAACAAAAGAGGGUACACAUUCGUGGCAGAUGCUCGCAGUACUGACAUGUCACUGAUGGCUGGCAAGUGGAGGAUGCGUCUGAUUGGUUCACUCAGCCCUCUGCCUGCACCAGUCCGACCAGAGGUGAACUGUAGCUUCAUCAUGAAGGAGAUCAAGGACUAUUAUAUCCCUAACGAGAAGAACAUCAUCUUCAGGUACUCAGUGAAGGUAAGCGAGGACCACCUGGCCAGUCUACAAGUGAACACCUCCAAACCUGAUGUGUACAUCAAGCUGAUGGUGCUGGACAAUGAGGAGGAGGUGAUCAGCACUAUAGGGAAGGGCCACGCGGUGCUGCCCGCAUACAUCUUCCACAAGGACAUCAAUGCUGAGGACAAGGUUAGCGCCCAAGGGGAGGAGGAGAAGAAGGACAAGCAUGAUGAACACAGACGAUCAGGUUCUCGUGCGUCCACUAAGACAGGUAAAGGCCAAUCGUCUUCCAGUAAGGAAAGCGUCAGUGGUAAAGUUAAAAGGACUAGCUCAGGCAAGAGCCAGGAAGGUAGAAGUUCUAGAAACAGCCCUAUGCCAGAAGUUGCCCUAAAUAUUGAGUACGACGAGAAAGACCUUAAGCCUCACAAGUACAUUGUUCAGGCAGUGGUAAUGAAGGACAGCUGGCCUCUGUCAGAAGGAAACUGGACAUUUGUCAACAUGCUCAAGGAACUGGAGAAGAAUGAACUCAAAGUGGCCUUUAAGGAAAGAGCCCCUUCACCACCACGUGAGAAAACAGCGAAGGACACCAAGGGUUCUAAAGCUGCUAAAGGAGGGAAGGACAAGGGCGGUAAAGACAAGGAUAGCAAGUCCUCCCGCCCUCCCUCACAGCAGUUUGAUAUCUCCAGGCCUUUCUGGGUGCUGCGGUUUGUGAGCGAUGCCAGUGCUGUGGAUGAUGUAGAGGUGAAGAAGGAUACAGAGCGAGCUGAUGAGAUCAGAGCAAUGAAGAAAGCUUGGGAGGAUGCAGAGCCAGGCAGAGCUGCUAAGGCGUUACAGUCAAGGCUGAAGUACCUGAACAGCCAUUUGAUCAAGAUUCAACCUGAGAGUGGGGACGGGGAAGAGAGCCAUGAGGAGGAUGACAAGUCAACGACGGAGGGGACGGAUACCCAAGAAAACCCCCAGUCCCUGCCCCCAGCCACACCCAUGUCUGUGUUAGAGCACGGAGAGGAUGGAGUAUUCACUCUGGAACCUCCUCCCCCACCCACCCCAAAGGAGAUCCUACAACCCCUCGACAUCACUCCCUUCCUCAGACGUGGGUCUGGUGAACAGCGUUAUCUGGACGAGGCAGAGUUACAGAGGCAGAUAGAGAAGAGGCAGCAGGAGAUCCAGGAGUACCGUGCCUUCAGGGAGCGCGUGGAGAAGUGGCGGGAGCAGGACAAACAGAACAGGAACCUCUGUAAACAGAAACAGCUGGAGGACUGCGAGGAUCUACAGGCUGCCCUCGAUGGAGCUAGAGAAGCCGUGAACAUUCCAAGGGAGGCAAUUCGACAGCGCCAUCUAGAAGAAGAAAGAAGAAAACAGGAGGAGUUGCAGGCUCAAGAGGCAGCCCAGAAAGCAGAACUCGAGGCAAAGUCACCCAAAGGGAAGAAAGGCAGUGCAAAAGGAAAGAAAAGUGCUGGAAAAAAGAAGAAAUAAUUUUUUUUAUGUGCUGCAUUAUUUAUUACAAAUAUUUAACUUAUAUCACAAAAGUUUGAUGCAUAUUGGUAAUUGAUUUGCAAUAAAUUUUAUUCUGUAUGAUGAUGGUAUAUAUAUAAAUACUUUUAGCUGCAAGUACUAUUUGAUUAUUGUCUGACUUUUAACAUUUGUAUAAACUUUGAAUGCUGUGAUAUUUUUGAGCGCUGUUAGCAAUUCUUUGUGGACAAUCUAAAUGUAGAAAAUUGAAUUUGUGUAUAAAAUAACUGAAAUGUAAAGUUUUUAAUCCAUUGUAAAGAGUGUCUGUUUCAUUUCACUUAUAGAUUAUGCAACCUUAAGUUUAUUGGUGUUAGGCUUAUCAAUAACUCUAAUUGUUGGACUGAAUUUUACAGCAUAUUCAUUAUCAUUUUGUCAUUCAGAUGCAUUCAACAGUAGAUUUACCAAUAAUUGCAAAACAUUUAUACAGGGUGUUUUUUUUCCCUUUUAUAACCCAGUUCACAUUAUAGCAAACUCAUCAUAUGCAUUUGGACAUUCAGCUUUCUGUAUAUAGAACUUUCCACAGGAAAUGAAGUGGUUGCAAAGAUUAUCCCCAACAAUAAAUCUGUGAACAAUAAGACCUUCAAACCCGUCCUUUGUUAUUUUGGUAAAGUAUCAGUCUAAUACAAGUCCAGAAGACAUAUUUUUCAUAUUGGUGUUCGUCGUACGAGGUGAUGUAAAGUAUUGUGACAGUAGAACAACUAGCCAGUUAUACUGUGAAUGUUUUAUGAAGAUAUUUUGUACUAUUUUCUUACACCGUAUGAUGAUGUCUGUCUGUCUGUUGGUCUGCGCUGACCGUAUAACAGACGGCUGCCUUAGCCCUUACCUCCGUCCCCAGUUAAAGGUUUUCAGCCGUCCAUCCUUCUGUCUGACACACACAAGUCAAACAGCCCUUCAUUUCCGUCCUACGUAUACAUAGAGCACUAUAGGAAGCACUAGCAGGCCAUACCACACCAGUAGCAGCACCUAGAUAACCGGGGCCUUCUGACUGACGGUCCUGUCAGUUGUAUCCUCUUCAGCAAUGGUUGUGACUAGAAUGUACAGUUGUAUAAUACAUAAACUAUAAUAUAUAUAUAUAUAAAUAACUUACAUUUGUGAUGACUUUUGUAAAAACAUUCCAUCUUGUACAUUUCAUGUAUAUAAUAAAAUGUGUGAUAUAUUCCA